UAAAUCGCAUGUCUCUCAAUCGUAAACCGGCGCAUGCGCCCGCAUAACCUGCGAUGUAGCAGCAAGUCCGUGACGUGAGGUCGAAAAUGUUUCGUUCUAUUACACAUAACGUCCCUCAGGGACUGGUGUCCCUGGCGCGUAAUAAUGUAGCGGCGUCGGGACCCGCUGCUGCUGCUGCUACAUUGAAGGUUCAGACUAAACACAUGGCCAAGCAGGCCACGGAGUCGUCCGUGCAGGAGGCGAAGGCGCCGCUGCCGGAGAAACAGAAGGUCGAGCCGUACAGCCCGUUCCAACAGCCCAGUAACAUGGCAGAGUACGCCCUGGCCCGAAUGGACGACAUACUCAACUGUGGACGCAAAGGAUCGCUGUGGCCGAUGACCUUCGGUUUAGCCUGCUGCGCCGUGGAGAUGAUGCACAUCGCCGCGCCUAGAUACGACAUGGACAGAUUCGGCGUGGUGUUCCGCGCCUCGCCCCGACAGUCGGAUGUCAUCAUCGUCGCCGGCACUUUAACGAAUAAGAUGGCACCUGCCUUGAGGAAGAUCUACGAUCAGAUGCCUGAGCCCCGAUGGGUCAUCUCCAUGGGAAGCUGCGCGAACGGAGGCGGAUAUUAUCAUUAUAGCUAUUCUGUGGUCAGAGGUUGCGACAGGAUAAUACCUGUGGACAUUUACGUGCCUGGUUGUCCCCCAACAGCUGAAGCAUUAUUGUACGGUGUUCUUCAGUUGCAGAAAAAGAUUAAACGUAUGCAAACCACACAAGUUUGGUACAGAAAGUAAUGUACCUGACGUCUAUAGUAAUAAAUGUAUAAAUUAUCAUAAAAUUGUAAAAUAAUUGAUAUAUAAUUAAGUAAUUAGAGGAGUUGAACGUUAUUCGAAAAUGUGAUUGACGAAAUAAAUCACAUUUCAAAAAUAAAAUUUUUUUUAUUACCAUAAA